UAUAUGUAUAUAUAAUAGCUGUUUCAGGGUUAAUUCAAUGUAGAAAACCCGUUAAAAUAUCUCAAAUUUAUCACAAUCCAUUAAAGUCUGCAUCAUAAACCUGAUACCUCACAGGCCCCUUUAACUUUCUGUCUGUGUGUCAGUCUCUGUCCCAGGAGGCCUCUGCCCGGGUCAAAGGCAGGGCCCCUCCAGCUGACUGGCCCCAGCAGGGGCAGCUGGAGCUCAGGGAGGUGCAGAUGAGGUACCAGGAGGACUUCCCUCUGGUCCUCGACCGGGUCUCCUGCAGCAUCCAGCCCAGAGAGAAGGUGGGCAUCGUGGGCCGCACUGGAUCAGGGAAGUCGUCUCUCGGUGUGGCGCUGUUCCGGCUGGUGGAGUGCUGCGGCGGCUCCAUCCUGAUCGACGGCGUGGACAUCAGCGACAUCGGACUGGCCGACCUGCGCAGCAAGCUGUCCAUCAUCCCGCAGGAUCCCGUGCUGUUCGCAGGGACAGUCAGGUCCAACCUGGACCCGUUUAACCGCUGCAGCGAGGAGCAGAUCUGGGACGCUCUGGAGAGGAGCCACAUGAAGGAGUGUGUGUCCCAGCUGCCGCUGCGGUUGGACUCAGAGGUGCUGGAGGACGGGGACAACUUCUCUGUGGGGGAACGUCAGCUGCUGUGUGUCUCCAGAGCUCUGCUGAGACGCUGCAAGGUGCUGAUCCUGGAUGAGGCGACGGCGGCCAUGGAUGCGGAGACAGACGCUCUGAUCCAGGAGACCAUCAGGAGCUCGUUCCAGGACUGCACCACGCUGACCAUCGCUCACCGCCUCCACACUGUCCUCGCCUCCGACCGCAUCAUGGUGCUCAACCAGGGACAGGUACUGACCCCGCCCCCUGCCUGCGGCCA